AUGACAUCCAACAACGACGACGAAGUUGACCUACGAGCACUCAAUUACACCGAGACUAUCAACGCCAAUCUCAUUUGCUGCAUUUGUCAAGCACCCUUCAUCGACCCUGUUGUGCUAGUAUGCGGGCAUACAUUCUGCUCAACAUGUAUCUACCAAGCGUGUGAUGCGUCACCAGUGUGUCCGAUAGAUCGGUCUCCAGUAUCGACAGACGACAUUCAGCCUGCAGUCAAGAUUAUCAGCAAUAUGGUGAAUGAGCUUCUGGUGGAAUGCCCACGAUCGGAGGAAGGCUGUACGCACGUUGGUCAACGACAAUACAUUGAGAGCCACGUCAAGAGCGACUGUCAGUAUACGUUUACAUCAUGCGAUCUGGAAGAGUGUAAAGCAUUGGUACUCAAGAAGGAUCUUACGAUGCACGUAUCCACAUGUAAAUAUCGACCAGCCGAAUGCAAGAUGUGUAAACGCAAAAUGAGAGCGAUUGAGUUAGAGGAUCAUCAUCGAUUAUGCCCUGCUGAGAUUAUCCAAUGCCCACACUGUGACACAUCUCGACCUCGAUCCGAGCAUCCAUCCCAUUUGUUGACUUGUCCACGCCAUCCUGUUACUUGUACGCAUGCUGAUUUCGGUUGUCCAUGGCAAGGGGAUCGAGAAGCGCUGGAGACCAAACAUGUCAAUGAAUGUGCCUAUGAAGGGAUCAAGGAUUAUUUGCAUCAACAGCAACAAAGCGAGCAGCAAUUACGUGAUCAAAUCAAGGCGAUGUCCAAAGAGAAUGAAAUGCUCAAACGACAACAUGACGACCUAUACCAACAAUUCCACUCUCUUUCUGAUCAACUUGCACUCAUGUUUCCAUCGCAUUUCGUACCUGAGGGUGGUCCAACGGGUGGUGAGAGCGGCUCUCCUCCUCCCUUGACUGAAACACAACGUCUCAAGAAUGAAAUUGAAACCAUAUCCACCAAUCUUCAGAAUCUCGAGCUCAAACAAAACAUGACACUCAUGACUGAAACGUUCCGAUUGCAAGAAGAAAUGCAAAGCUUGAGAACCAUUUGUCACGGCAUGCGGAUGCAAAUGCACUAUUUAAUGAUGGAUCGAAGAGGUGCUGCUGCAACUGCAACUUCUGCUGCUGGUGCCCAUCAUCAUGAACCAAGAGCGUCAUCAAGCAAUGCGGCUGCUGGAAGUGAUAAUAAUGCAACGGCUGGAUCCGUACCUGUAUUGAACAAGAUGCGAUCGUGGCUAGAUGCACCCAAUAUGAGACAGGACACGAAAUUGUAA